AUGUCUGAAGAACUCCGUGAAUUCUACUACCGCCACCUCUUCCAUGACGGCCACCGCCAGACCCCCGCCGACACCACCGCCGACCCAUUCCCCGGCAGCCACUUCCCGGCAGCGACGCCGACCCAUCCCCAAACGUUCGACCCCAACCCCUACCUUAGUUUCUCCGAGAUCCUUCAUGGGACCUCGGACCACAACAAGUAUAUCCUCCCAGACACCUUCGCCGGAGGCCAUAAACCGUCGCCGGAGGCCGCCCCUGGUGGCGGCGAACCGCCCGCCACGCCUAACUCCUCCCUGUCGUCGUCCUCCGUGGAGGCGGCCGCGGGCUUCGAAGACGAGUCGAGCAAGGGAAAGACUAAGAGAGGGGAAAAGAAGGAAAAGCAAGAGAGGUUUGCUUUCAUGACGAAGAGUGAAGUUGAUCAUCUUGAAGACGGGUAUCGAUGGAGAAAAUACGGGCAGAAAGCCGUGAAGAACAGCCCUUAUCCCAGAAGCUACUACAGAUGCACGACCCAGAAAUGCCCAGUGAAGAAACGCGUGGAGAGAUCAUUUCAAGACCCCUCGAUUGUGGUUACCACCUACGAGGGGAAACACAAUCACCAUGUCCCUGCGAACCUCCGUGGGCACGUGGCCCGCAUGCUUGCCCCAUCGAUGUUUGCCUCAUCUCUCGAAACUUGCGGCCCAAGCUUCCCGCAGGAACUCUUGCUUCACCAGAUGCCCGAUCACCUCUACGGUUAUAAUAACAUCAAUGGCGGCAGUUCCAACAAUUUGUACCAUGAACGCACAUCAACCCCACAUAACCAUCACCAGUUUCAGCAGUUUCCAGAUUACGGGCUUUUGCAGGAUAUAAUUCCUCCCGUGUUCCCCAAGCACGAGCCUUGA